UUCUCAUAUGUAGCUGUAAGUCUGUGGACAAUGGGGGGCAACCAGACUUCUGUCACAGAGUUCUUCCUAGUGGGAUUCUCACUCAGCCCAAAGAUGCAGCUGGUCCCGUUUGGGCUCUUCUCCCUGUUUUAUGCCUUCACCCUACUGGGCAACGGGGUCAUCCUGGGGCUCAUCUCACUGGACUCCCGACUGCAAACCCCCAUGUACUUCUUCCUCUCCAACCUGACCAUUGUUGACAUAGCCUAUGCCUGCAACACGGUGCCCCAGAUGCUGGUCAACCUUCUGAGCCCAUCCCAACCCAUCUCUUUUGUUGGCUGCAUGACACAGACCUUUCUAUCCUUGACUUUUGCUCUCACCGAAUGUCUUCUCCUGGUGGUGAUGUCCUACGACAGGUAUGUGGCCAUCUGCCUGCCCCUUCGGUAUUCUGCCAUCAUGAGCUGGAGAGUCUGCCUCACCCUGGCAGUGGCUUCCUGGACUAUAGGAGUCCUCCUAACCCUAGUAGAUAUGGUGUUACUCUUACUGUUGCCCUUCUGUGGUCCCCAGAAAGUGAAUCACUUUUUCUGUGAAAUUCUAGCUGUUCUCAAACUUGCCUGUGCAGAUACACACUUCAAUGAGGUUUCGGUUGUUGCUGUGGCAGCAUUGGGGCUAGUAGGACCACUUUUCACAAUUAUGGUCUCCUACAGUCACAUAGUGUGGGCAGCCCUGAAGUUCCAGUCAGCAAAGGGGCGCCGGAAAGCUUUCUCCACCUGUUCAUCCCACCUCUGUGUGGUGGGGCUCUUUUAUGGCACAGCCAUUAUCAUGUAUGUUGGACCCCAACAUGGGGACCCCCAGGAGAAAAAGAAAUACAUGCUUCUGUUUCAUAGCCUUUUCAAUCCCAUGCUAAAUCCCCUGAUUUACAGUCUGAGGAACAGAGAAGUCAAAGCUGCUCUUAGAAGGAGGCUGGAAAAGGAGAGACCUUCCUGA